UGGUGCCAAAGCAGGAAGGAGGUGGGGCCUCCGCUGAGCCGGCCUGGGAGGUCACUCUCAGAUAAGGGGCUCUUCCUACACUGGAGCCCUGGGGGAGGAAAUGGAUCCUCAGCGCCUGAGACAAUGGCCAGGGCCGGGACCAGCCGGCCGAGGAGGCUACGGCCAGAGGCCCGGGAUCAGGAACCCAGAGGAGUGGUUACCUCCCCAAACCUUCUCCUUCCACUUUCGCAACCUGCGCUUUGCCUCUGGGCGGAACCGCUCCUACAUCUGCUGCCAGGUGGAAGGAAAGAACUGUUUCUUCCAAGGCAUCUUCCAAAACCAGGUCCCUCCCGACCGGCCCUGCCACGCCGAGCUCUGCUUCCUCUCUUGGUUCCAGUCCCGGGGGCUGUCCCCGGACGAGCAUUACUACGUCACCUGGUUCAUCUCCUGGAGCCCCUGCUGUGAGUGUGCAGCGCAGGUGGCUCAGUUCCUGGAGGAGAACAGGAACGUGAGCCUGAGCCUCUCGGCCGCGCGCCUCUACUACUUCUGGAAGUCAGAGUCCCGGGAGGGGCUGCGCAGACUGAGUGACUUGGGGGCCCGGGUGGGCAUCAUGUCCUUCCAAGACUUCCAACACUGCUGGAACAACUUCGUGCACAACCUGGGGAUGCCCUUCAAGCCGUGGAAAGAACUGCGUAAAAAUUAUCAACGCUUGGUCACAGAGCUGAAGCAGAUUCUCCGAAAAAGCGACAUGCAGAAAUUCGUUUUAUUGACAAGAUCAAUUCCUUGAAUCUGGACCAGGACCAGUGCUACAGAAUCAUCUGCUAUGUCACCUGGAGCCCUUGCCACACC